AUGCUGCAGCUUCUCCGGCUGCUCCUGCUGCUGUUGCUGCUGCUGCUGUUGCCUCCCGCGGGCUCCCCGGAGCCCCCCGGGCUGGCCUCGCUGGCCUCGCUGUCCCCGGGGGCGCCCCUGCAGGCCCCCGACCUGCUCUACGCCGACGGGCUGCGCGCCUACGCGGCCGGGGCUUGGGCGCGGGCCGUGGCGUUGCUGCGGGAGGCGCUGCGGAGCCGGGCGGCGCUGGGCCGCGCGCGGCGGGACUGCGGGGCGCGCUGCGCGGCCGAGCCCGAACCGGGGUCCCCCGCCGCGCCGCGCCCCUGGGAGCCGCUGCUGCUGCGCGCCGCGCUCGGCCGCGCCGACUGCCUGACCCGCUGCGGGGCGCGGCGCCUGGGCCCCGGGGGCGCGGCGCGGUUCCGCCUGGGCAGCGCGCUGCGGGCCGCCUUCCAGCGCCGGGAGCCCUACAACUACCUGCAGCGGGCCUACUACCAGCUGAAGAAGCUGGAUCUGGCGGCCGCUGCUGCCCACACCUUCUUUGUGGCCAACCCAACGCACCUGCAGAUGCGGGAGGACAUGGCCAAGUACAGACGGAUGUCUGGGGUGCGGCCCCAGAGCUUCCGGGACCUGGAGACACCCCCCCACUGGGCAGCCUAUGACAUGGGCCUAGAGCUCCUCGGGAAGCAGGAGGCCGGCCUGGCCCUGCCCUGGCUGGAGGACGCCCUGAGGGAGAGCCUGGCCGAGCUGGAGAGCUGCCGGGCGGGCUGCGAGGGGCCUGAGGAGCACAGCGAGGAGGACGAAGCUGGCGGCCAGGGGGGUCUCUAUGAGGCCAUCGCGGGCCACUGGAUUCGGGUCCUGCAGUGCCGGCAGCGUUGCGUGGAGGCCACGGCCACGAGGCCGGGUCGCAACUUCCCGGUCCCCGAUUUCCUGCCCAGCCAGCUGCGGCGACUGCAUGAGGCGCAUGCGCAAGUGGGAAAUCUGUCCCAGGCUGUGGAAAACGUUCUGAGCGUCCUGCUCUUCUACCCGGAGGACGAGGCUGCCCAAAAGGCCCUGGACCAGUACCAGGCCCAGCUGGGAGAGCCGACACCCGGCCUCGGGCCCAGAGAGGAGAUCCAGCGCUUCAUCCUGCGGUCUCUGGGAGAGAAGAGGCAGCUCUACUACGCCGUGGAGCACUUGGGGGCGAGCUUCAAGGAUCCUGAUCCCUGGACCCCCGACACUCUCAUCCCCGAGGCCCUCAGAGCAAAGCUCAGAGAGGAUCAGGAGAAGAGGCCUUGGGACCACGAACCCCCAGAACCCAAGCCCUUGGCGCACUGGAAGGAUGUCCUCCUCCUGGAGGGGGUGACCUUGACCCAGGACGCAAGACAGCUGAACGGGUCUGAGAGGGUCGUGCUGGACGGGCUGCUCACGGCGGCCGAAUGCGGGGAGCUGCUGCAGCUGGCCAAGGAUGCUGCAGGGGCCGGAACCCAGGGCCGCCGCUCCCCUCACACUCCCCACGAACGCUUCCAGGGUCUCACAGUGCUCAAAGCUGCGCAGCUGGCCCAGGCUGGGACUGUGCGGGGCCAGGGCGCGCGGCUGCUGCUGGAGGCGAGCGAGCGGGCGCGCACCGUGACGCAGGCCUACUUCUCCCCGGAGCGGCCCCUGCAUCUCUCCUUCACCCACCUGGUGUGCCGGAGCGCCAUCGAAGGAGAGCAGGCGCAGCGCAUGGACCUGAGCCAUCCGGUGCAUGCCGACAACUGUGUCCUGGACCCCGACACUGGGGAGUGCUGGCGGGAGCCCCCCGCCUACACCUAUCGGGACUACAGUGGCCUCCUCUACCUCAACGAUGACUUCCGGGGCGGGAAUCUGUUCUUCACAGAGCCGGAUGCUGUCACCGUGACGGCUCAGGUUCAGCCUCGCUGUGGACGGCUCGUGGCCUUCAGCUCUGGUGGCGAGAACCCCCACGGUGUGUGGGCCGUGACGCGGGGCCGGCGCUGCGCCCUGGCCCUGUGGCACACGUGGGCACCUGAGUACCAGGAGCAGGAGUGGACUAAGGCUCAAGAGCUUCUGAAGGCGUCUGAGGAAGAGGCGGAGGAGGAGGAGGAAGAGGAGGAAGAGGAGGAGGAGGAGGAGGGAGAAACGGCCAGCAGAGACCCUUCCCCACAGCCCCCCAGCCGACAACUUUCACAGACCCAUGAUAAGGCUGGGAAGCGGGUUCGAGAGGAGCUGUGAGGGCCACGACAGUUCCAGGUGGUUCUGA